ACCUGCUUAUGUCCCUCACACACCUACCCCCACCCCCAUACACACACACACCCUCGCCUGCUGGAGUUGGUCACACACGGCCAGAGGGCUGCAGUAGUUGAGUCAGUCAAGGUGGUGCUACUGUCUAGGGAGAAUGUCAAAGGGAGAGCAGCAAGACCUGGUGGCUAUUAAAGAACUAGAGUCAAUCCUGGAGUCCUGCAAGCUUGAUCUGACACCACUAGAUGAGGUCUGGCCUAAUCUCUACAUCGGAAACGUGGCCAUAGCUCAGAACAGGGGUGCAUUAAAGAAGCUUGGUAUCACACACAUCCUGAACGCAGCUCACUUUAAGCAGGGCAGCAUCGGUGACCAGGAUUACUAUGGAAACACCUGUGUGUACUGUGGCUUCCCUACAGAAGACUCAUCCCAUUUUGACCUCAGCCAGUACUUUAAACCUGCAGCUGACUUCAUACAUAAGGCCCUGAAGCCUAAAGAUGGGAAGGUGUUGGUGCAUUGCAUCAUGGGUAUAAGUCGUUCCGCCACGCUGGUGCUGGCGUUCCUGAUGAUGCACUGUCAUCUGCCGCUUCGCACCGCGCUCAAACAUGUGACCCAGCGACGUGCCAUCUACCCCAACAGACACUUCCUGUCACUACUGCUCACCCUCGACACACAGCUCACACGCAAGAGGAGACUAUGUCCUCUUCUCUGACAGCCCUUCUUUCAUCCCUCACUCCUCCCAUCCCUCGCUCGUCUCACCUCAUCCGUCUCCCCUCUUUUCUAUCUAUCCAUCUCACACACAAUCCUUUAUACUGGUUGAAAAUAUGUAGUUGUAGGACUUUUACAGUAGGUACAAACUGGUAUUAAAGCACAGCAUGUGUCACGCCCUGGCCUUAGUUAUCUUUGUUAUUUUAGUUAGGCCAGGGUGUGACAUUGGGGAAUGUAUGUGUUUUGUAUUGUCUAGGGGUUGUUGUAUGUUUAUGGGGCAGUGUUUAGUCUAGGUGUAUGUAUGUCUAUGGUUGCCUAGAUUGGUUCUCAAUUAGAGACAGCUGUCUAUCGUUGUCUCUGAUUGGGAGCCAUAUUUAGGCAGCCAUAGUCAUUAGGUAGUUUGUGGGUGAUUCUCUAUGUCUAUGUGUAAGUUGCCAGUGUAUGCACUUAUUGUUUGUAUAGCUUCACGUUUGUAUAGUGUUCGUUUAGUUUUCAUCUUCAUUAAAGAAGAAUGUAUUGUUAUCCCGCUGCGCCUUGGUCCUCCUCACUUAAAUGUUACGACGAACGUGACAGCAUGUUGUAUAUACUGUGAAUAACCAUAUAAUGCGGUAGCAGGAUUCCCUGGAGAUAAUGUCGAUGCUCAAUGCCUUUUAAAAUCUAAAAUAGCUGAACUUUUCAACAUCCCUGUGUUAGCCAGUGGUGAUAGUGUAAAGGUUUUCUUCCAGGGGUGAAGGAGAGGACCAAAAUGCAGCACGGCUAGUGUUCAACAUGUUUAAUAAAAUAACAAGUGAAACACUACAAACAUACAAAAUAACAAAAUGUGCAGAAACAGAGACAGACCUAUCUGGUGCAGACAAUCACAGAGACAGGAAACAAACACCCACAAACCCCCAACACAAAACAAGCCUCCUAUAUAUGAGUAGCAAUCAGAGACAACGACUACCAUCUGUCUCUGAUUGAGAACCCACACUAGGCUGACAUAGAAACAGACAAACUAGACACACACCAUAAAAUUCCCACCCAGCUCACGUCCUGACCAACUAAACACUUACAAAACAACAGAAAACAGGUCAGGAACGUGACAGAUAGUUGAACCUGCUGUGAGUUGUGCAGCUGAGCAUUGUCUCCUGGGAAUCUAUCAGUUGAAACACUAAUAAUGAGAUUACACAAUUAAAAAGGUAAUUUUUGUUCAA